CCUCACCAAAGACAAGCUGCCGCCCACCUGCUGCCCAUUGGCACAGGAAGCAGAGGGGGCCGCAAAGGGGCGGGCCCCUGGCCUCCUCGCCUGCGUGCUUGUUCUGAGCAGAGGAGCGGUCUGAGUGCAACACUCUGUGACCCCCCCGUCCCCGCCUCUCUCGGGAGCGUCGAGCAUGGACGAGUGCGCCCGCGCCCUGGAGCUGCUGGCCAUGCUGGUCUACGCCGGGGCCUGGCUGUGCGCCCUGGGGGCCACCGUGUCGCCGCAGUGGCUGAGCAUGUCCACGGCGCUGCUGCCGGUGGAACGCUACGAGCUGGGCCUGUGGGAGACCUGCGUGGUGCAGGACGUGGGCGCCGUGGAGUGCCGGCGCUACGACUCCCUGCUGGGCCUGUCCCCGGACCUCAAGCUGGCCCGGGUGCUCACCUGCGCCUCGCUGGCCGUGGGCGUGCUGGGCUUCCUGCUGGCCCUGCCGGGCAUCUCGCUGGUCAACAGCUGCGGGGGCGACAGCGGCGCCAAGAGGACGCUGACGGUGGCGGGCGGCGUGCUGGGGAUGCUGGCGGGGCUGCUGUGCCUGGUGCCGGUGUCCUACGUGGCGCACCUGGCCGUGGUGCGCUUCUUCGACGACACCGUGCCCGACGUGGUGCCGCGCUGGGAGUUCGGGGACGCCUUGUUCUGCGGCUGGGCGGGGGGCUUCCUGCUCCUGGCGGCCGGCCUCGUCCUGCUCGUCUCCUCCUGCUGGAGCUCCGCGGCGCCGCGCCCUCCUCGGCCCCGGCCGGUGCCGCGCUCGUCCCCUGGGGCCGAGUACGUAUGAAGGAAAUCAAAUCAAGUUCGUGUCGUACAAAAGUUUUUAUUUUAGCAUUGAAAUGUUUUACUGACUUGAUUGUACUUUUGAUUGAAAUAUUAAAUCUACUUUGGCAUCAAACCGUGUGAUUGCAAACUGGCACGAAAAAUGAGAAUUAUGUC